GAAGACACAAUCAGGAUGGCGACCUAUAACAGACCAUUCCAGUGUUCCAUUUGUAGGAAACGGUAUAAUGGCGAUAUCCAAAGUAUAGGUUCGAAAUGCCAAGAUUGUGCAAUUCGGCAUCUUGUUGGUUUUGUUGUCAAUGCGCACAGAAUGCAAGCAUUGGAAAUGGAGGAGGAGAGAGAAGAGGAUAGAGAAGAGGAGAGAGAAGAAGAGAUAGAUGAGGGGAUAUAUGAGGGGAUAGAGGGGGAUCAUCACCAAUCAGUCGCACCUGAGGUAAGCGCAAGGUGGAUAUUUGGCGGUGUAAUCUUGGUACUGCUGUUGGCGAUCCUAGUCCCUCUCGGUGUUCUUAUCCACAGCCUUCCUGCUUAUAUCGUUCUACCGUGGAAUGAAGUCGAACCGGUGAACAUGAUAUGUAGUCCCAGAACAAAAGAAGAAAUAUACCAAAACUUGAGCGUGUUGAAGAAACUGUCUCACAGGACUUUAUGUACAUUCAAUGUAUUCCAUUAUGAUCUGCGAAGUCGAAACAAGACAUAUUUCAUGCUUGAUAUCGACAUCGACAUAGCAGAAGCAUACAGCGUUAGCAAUGCUGGGAUGCUGUUUACCAUGAAACUGUUCCAUUUAAACAAAAAACAAAAUACCUAUCACAAACAGCGUAACAUGUACUGGGCUGUAUCGUGGUGUUACUCCAAUGACGAACUGGGUCUUUGUUUGGACGAUAUGUACUACAGAAGAGAGACAAGAUUGACACAGAAGGCCAUUAGCAAGGUUGUGAUGGGACAGAAGAAAGUGGUUUCGUUUCUGUUUGUGGUGAAUAAUGAUGACAAGAUUAUGCAUAUUUUUUCACCUAUCAAUCUGUUGAAGGAUGUUGUUUUUCUUCAGCAUUACUACGACGAGCAGACCUUAAGUUUAUGGAUUUCGCUUUCUCAAUCAAAACUUGACAAGUAUUUAUCUGCCAGAAUAAGAAGUGGAGCACAUGUUAAAAUAGGUGAUCUACCAAAUCCUGUCAUUGCCACUAAUUACGAGAUUAUCAAAGGUGCAUUUACAUAUCCAUUCCACUGGCUAUCUUAUCACCUUUGGACAUCACGUGAUCCGCCUCCUACUGACGAUAAAAAGGACGUGGAGGAGACAAUGCAUUCUGAAACGUAAUUGGUUGAAAAACAUCAACUUUCUUCACACUUCAUACAGAUUUUUCAACUUAUUGCUUCAAUGUCAAAGAUUGUAAGCCAAAUCCGGAACAGGUCUAUGAGAUGUCGGGAAAUACGGACACUUUUUAAUUGUCUGACAAACCACAUGUCCCCUACCGGCUUCCGAUAAAAAUAGUAAUAAUGAACUUGACAUUGAGCAAAAAUCCAUGAACUUAUAUAGUCCUUUAUCAUUGUUUGACGUUUGGUCGAAACCCCUCCAGGAAUGAAGCUGCUAGAUUGUUGACAAUGUAGAUUCUACACCGUUAUGGAAAGGUACAAUAGAUGUUCAUUUUAACGGUAUAAGGUUACAUUAUUUAAUUAAUAUAUGUUUAAAUGAUGAGUGUCGUAUGAAUUUCCUCGUACGCCAGGAUACCACUUAUGCUUUCUUGUUGAUUUGUUUUUUAAUCAAUAAAACUGUUGAAACUGAA